GCCCUCGAAUACACGCAUACAGAUAGCGCAUAGAUCUACGUGGUAGAUCUACCGAUCUGCAUGGAUGCAUGGAAAGUGGAGUUGACUACCUGCAAGAGCAGCCGCCCGGUCCACCGCACGUAGAUCUACGUAGCGUCACCCAACUGACUAUCUCAGAACUAACUUGUGAUUUCCACUCGGGAUAUAGAAGAAGGCAGAAGGACGAAAUCUGCCCCAGUGUGGAAAAUUGUACUUCUUGAGUAUUUGAGUUGUUCUGGUCUUGCUCAACCUCAGAGACAGACCCCCUCCCGGCCAAAGUCCCCAGGCUGCAGGCUAACGGUGAUUAGUGGACUAGUUGUUCUCGGGGCAAGUGUAGCAGCUCAAGACCCUGAAUAGGACCACCGGUGUUGCGGGACCCACAUCGUCGUGAUCAAAGCAUCCGAAAUUCCUUUUGGCUCACUUCAGGCUCAGCUCAAGUUCAAGGCCGCCGGGUGAAUCCGAUGGCAAUAAGAGGAGCAAUGGUGUGCUCCAGUCCAUGUAUGCUGAUGCUGGUGACUGUACUGGUGAGCGUGGCCUUAUCCAGCAAGUACACUGCACCACAUGUGAUGGUAACAGCACAGUUCCAGGACAAGACUAAUGACAUCACUCAGUUGAAUUCUGACAGCAACGCAAAUCCAGGUGGUGGCGAUAGUGAGGAGGAGAAUGACGAUGACGACGAAUUGAGUGAUGUGUUUACACAACUGGAUGAUGCCGUGGCUAUAGCUGAUGAGCAAAACCAGCAUCAGGAUACAGCACAACAAGGGGAUCAAAAACAGCAACAGCAGAAGAGGCAAGGAUCUCAAGAAGGUCACAAUGCUAGCCCUGCCGGUAAGCCGCAUAAGAACAAGGCCCCGCCAGCAGGUGGUGCCCUGCGUAGCGGAGCGCAAACCUUGUGCGGCUUAUCCCUCAGGCUUCUCUCCGGCACAGAAACAGAACGGAGCGAUGACGAACAACUGGGACAGUUGCUGAUGCAUACAUCACGCCUGUGUACACAUCUCGCCGACACACACACCGGCAAUCCCACUGAUCAACAUACCAAUGGCCCGCUGAAUAUGUUCGUUGCCGGUGUUACAGCGUUCUGCACUCAAGUCAAUAGCAUAGCAGUACAUGAAGCAGAGUUCACAGACGAGGAUACUCGACUCUGGAGGCUGUCCAAGACCGUUUGUGACCACCGGCCACGGCCUUCCAGAACUGAGCCGCCAACUCGACACCUGACCCGGACUGAAGUGGCCUCUUUCUGCAAGGACAUCUCCAAUCUGCUUCUAGGCCGCACCAAGCGAGAACUGGGCGGCAAGAUCACGUCUUACGGUGUGUUGUUGAUGCAUUCAGCAGCCAUGUGUAGCUAUGUGCCCAUGACACCACCGACACAUGCUCCUCAGCAGAAGCCAGACACAGGGAUCGGAGCAGAGGUAAAGAUGGCUGCCGAUCAAUUCUGCACGUUCGUCCCAAGGGUUCUUGUGGGGCAGAACAAGAAGUAUCGGGACAAUCGCUUUCUCAAGCUGGCAAUGAAAGCAUCUGCAUUUUGCACGUACGAUAGGAGAGGACAGGCACCCACACCACCAACCAAAAGCUCCCUCCAAAGAUGAUGAACCAAUUAUUUCUCCACACAAGUACCUUUUUUUCUUCUCUCCUGCAGCUAAGUUACUGUGGGUCCUCAGCACCAUAUCAUUAUAAUAUUAUUAUAACUUGUUUCGGACUAGGAUACUAGUAGUGUAAGUUACAAUGGCCGCCGCCGCCGCCGGUAGUAUGCAAUAGACCACUGUGCAUACACAGAAUAUUCCUGUUGAGACGCCACAAAAUCCCCAGGCUGUGAAUAUGCUGUGUAUCAUAUCACCGCCCGUACAUCCGCCAGACAGCAGAAUAAUGAAUAUGCAAUGACUCUUCAGCCCGCAGUGAUCACGAUGGUCACCGACUGCCUUGAUACAUGUACAUAAAACACGUCCACGGAUAAUACUCCUGCUGUUCUGCUGACAAAGGCCGGACUUGUGCACUGCGUCACAGUUAUUACAUAGAGAGCGCAGCGGAACAUUGUGUAUGACAUUACUCACAGAAUUCCUUUUCCUUCUCAAAGGAAAGAAGUCAGCCGCUCAUUAAAA